AUGAAGGAAUCGUCCCCGGCCGACUCCUCCGCCGCAGGAUCUCCGCUGGAGAUCUUCCCCUGCCGCAUCCGCCGCCGCCGCCACCGCCGCUCCCGCUCUCGCUCCCUCUCCACCGUCGCCGCCUCCUCGCCCUCCCUCUGCUCCUCCGCUGUCCCCUUCUCGUGGGAGCACCGCCCCGGCAUCGCCAAGAACCCCAAGGCGCCCCCCGCUGCCCGCCCCGCCCGCCCCGCCCUCCCGCGCCCGCCACCCCUCCGCUCCCUCCCCGUCACGGACUGCCCGGCCGCCGACCCGUUCGCCAUCGCCCUCGCCGAGUGCGCCAAGGGCCCCCCGCCUGCCGAGGACGACGGCGCCGACGACAGAUGCAGAGUCGCGGUCGCUGUCCGGCGGAAGGUCGCGGCGCUCGUCGGCUGGUUCGCGCUCUUCGACUUGUACGGCUCGUGCAAGGCCGCGGGGUCCGUGGCGGGCGCGACGCUCCGCAUUCCCCGGCCCGGCUCAGGGAGGAGCUGA